GGGUCACACUGUUUGAAGCUAAAGACACGUAAAUCAACAGUCCGGAAAGUUGUAGAAAUUUUACACAAUAAGCACAACGCAUUUCGUAUAUUAUUUGGAAUCAUGGACGCUGGGACAUGGUACAACUCGCUGCCCCGCUUUACCCGCUAUUGGCUAACAGCCACAGUGGGCCUGAGCCUGCUCUGCCGCUUCGGCCUCCUGCCCAUGGAAUACAUGUACCUGUCUCGCGAGCUCGUCCUCAGCCGGCUGCAAUUGUGGCGCUGCAUCACCUCGCUCUUUGUGUUCCCUCUGAGUGGAGCGACGGGUUUUCACUUUCUGAUCAACUGCUACUUCAUCACACAGUAUAGUGCACGCCUCGAAAAGGAUCAAUAUGUGCGCAGUCCCUCCGAUUACAUGUAUCUCUUGAUUAUCACUGCAAUCCUGGCGAAUCUUGGUGGCAUGGUGUUCAACGUGUACUUCUUGAUGGACAUGCUGGUUGUGGCCAUCACCUAUAUCUGGUGUCAGUUGAACAAAGAAGUCAUUGUGAACUUUUGGUUUGGCAGUCGUUUCAAGGCCAUGUAUUUACCUUGGGUGCUGGCAGGGAUUGAGUUGAUAUUCCAUGGUUCGCUCGCUUCGCUGGUAGGCAUUUUCAAUGGCCAUGUCUACUACUUCUUGAAGUUCCAAUAUCCCCAAGAGCUGGGCGGAAACGCCUUUCUGGAGACACCACAAAUUCUCAAGCGCUUUGCUCCCGAUGUGUCAGGUGGUAUCAGUGGUUUCGGCGUGCCGCCAGAGAGCAGAGCUCCUCCACCACGUCAGACAGCCAACUCGGCUUGGGGACACGGCAAUGCUUUGGGACGUAAUUGAGAUGCCCAGAUUAUAUAUCUAUACAUCUAUAUAAAUACUAAUUUAGUUAAUAUGUGUAAUUCGUAAUUCUUUUUUAAACCUUUUUUGGUUACGCUGUAAAUGUACUGAAUUUCCUAAAACAAAAAAAAAAGCUAAAAAAGAUAAAACUAAACACGAUCAAAUUUUGAAACUCGAACAUCUUACUCCGAAUGCUGUACCUCGAUUAGUUAGUGGCAUGAUUUUGAAUGGAUAUAUCCAUAAAAUGCAAAUAUAUACCAUAUAUAUAAAUAUAUGCAGACAAAGAAAAGGAUUUAUGGGGGACAAAACCUAAUUAACUGCUCGCCGUUUUACAUUUACAUUUAUAUUUAUUUCAUUUAAAACUUCUAUGAUAAAAAUGAUACAGCUGCACGCAUUGUUCAACAAUAUGUUUUUUUGUAUUAAUUAUUAAUUAAUCUGUUUUUGUUUUAUAUUCUCGCUCUUUUUUCCGUGGCGGUUUUCGCAUCAAACUGAGUGUUGUCUUAAAAAAUUGCAACAUUUCCUUUUAACGUUUUGUGUUUGUCGUUUUGGAUAAUUUGGCUAUUACAAAA